GUCACGGGAACAGCAUGGAGAGAAAGGUGCACAGCAGAAAAUGUCAUUCCGUGCUGCCAACAGGGGGAACAACUAGACUUUGCGGAAAGCCAACUGCGACCGUCACAAUGUAGUCCGCCACGUUUGUUUGAGCGACAUUUGGAUGCUUUCUGACAUCUGCAUUUGAACGUGGAGCUUCUUGUGCAGUGGGGCUGCUUAACGUGCUUAAAGGGAGUAUUUCUCACUCUGAAUUAUCAGCCACACCGACUUAAAACAAUGGCGAGGCGUAAAAGGCGCAACCUACAGAUUUGCUGCGCUUGAGCCAAGACUGGACUACACAGAAACAUCUUCCGGGCUUCUGCAAUACAAGUGGGGAAAGGGGAAAAAGGUACUCGGGGCGUUAUGGAAAGCCCGACCGAGAACCCUACCAGGGCUGUGGAAUAUUUGAAGGAGCUCAACAAGAUCAUCGAGACCCAGCAGGAGUUGCUGGAGAGGCAGAGGGGAAGGAUAGAGGAGCUGGAGCAGCAAGUGUCCGACUUGUGCACAGAGAACGUCUGUCUGAAGGAGGAGUACCAGCGGCACCUGGCAACCUGCAGGCUGCUGCAGGGCAGCAACAGCCUGGUCACACUGGGAGCCAUAAAUGAGCACAUCACACAGGAAAAGGCUGACUUUGACUCUCACAGGAUGGUCAGGAGACAUGCCUCUCUACCUGUGGAAGUUCCAGAGAAUCCCGGGAGAUUGGUGUCUGCGGGCCACAGACGAGUCGUUCCCUGCCGUAAAUGGAAGUCUGCGUCCUUUGGUGUGGAAGGGGAUGGACGGCCCAAUGACAGUGGGCCUUCCCUGGACAGUGGAGCCGGCUAUGGUCCAGGCCCGGUGACUCACGGCUCGGCCAUCAGCCCCGACCGAUUUGAGAGUCCGCUAUACAGCCACGGGGUCCAGCCUGGGCCUCAGAGACCCCGUAGGCCCAAGCUCCAGCACUCGCAGUCCAUCCUCCGGAAGCAGGCUGAAGAGGAGGCCAUCAAGCGGUCCCGCUCGCUCUCUGAGAGCUAUGAGCUCUCUGCAGACCUCCAGGACAAACAGGUGGAGAUGCUGGAGCGUAAAUAUGGUGGACGGUUCAUAACUCGGCAUGCAGCUCGCACCAUCCAGACGGCCUUCCGCCAGUAUCAGAUGAACAAAAACUUUGAACGCCUCAGGAGCUCUAUGUCUGAGAACCGUAUGUCCAGGCGAAUCGUUCUGUCCAACAUGAGGAUGCAGCUCUCGUUUGAGGGCCCUGAGAAAGUGCACAGCUCCUACUUUGAAGGGAGGCAGGUGUCCAUGACAGAGGAUGGCACCCCGCUGUCUAUGGUGCAGUCUGAAUGUGGAGAUAUAGAGGUCCACCAACAGGCCAACAUGGCGUCUCACCCGGCCCAACAGGGUGAUCUAACAGAUGCCAUCACGGAGCUGGAGGACGCCUUCUCCAGGCAGGUGAAAUCCCUGGCCGAGUCGAUAGACGAUGCACUGAACUGUCGCAGCCUGCAGGGGGAUGAGGGUCCUGACCCAGAGGCUAUGGGCUGCUCUCAGGUGGAGAGGGAGGUGCCCUAUCAGGUGAAGUCCCACCGCAGGGCAGCUGGACGCAUGCACGAUGAAACCAUGGCGUCCUAUAGCGAUGUUACUCUAUUCAUCGAUGAGGAGGACAUGUCCCCCUCUAUGGCCCUGUCGAGGUCAGGGGACCAGCCCUCUAGCACAGAAUCAGACUUGAGGUUGCGGUCAGUCAAUUCCUCUCAGGAGUACUGGCCUAUUGACCCCAAAGAUGAGGGCCGUGACACAGACACGAGCUGCCGCAGCACUCCUUCUCUAGAGUGCCAAGAGCAGCGUCUCAGAAUGGACCAUCUUCCUUUGUUGACCAUAGAACCUCCUAGUGACAGCUCUGCAGAGCUCAGCGACCGGUCCGAGCGCAGCUCUGUCAAACGGCCGCCUGGGUAUGAACCACAUGGCCACAUUGUAACAUCAUCCCAAGCAAGCCCAAAACACAUAUCCCAUGGACCCCCGCCUAGAGCCCCUUCCCGUGAUGAUGAUGCACCUCUGCGGCACCGUCAUCGCCAGCUGGAGAGCCACUUAGCCAUCAACGGCUCAGCCAACAGACAGAGCAAGUCAGAAUCCGACUACUCUGACGGGGACAACGACAGCAUCAACAGCACAUCCAACUCCAACGACACCAUCAACUGCAGCUCCGAGUCGUCCUCCAGGGACAGCCUACGGGAGCAGACGCUCAGCAAGCAGACGUACCACAAAGAGACUCGUAACAGCUGGGACUCGCCCAUCUUCAGCAAUGACGUUAUUCGCAAGAGGCACUACCGCAUCGGCCUGAAUCUCUUCAACAAGAAGCCAGAGAAAGGCAUCCAGUACCUGACCGAGAGGGGAUUCAUCCCUGACACACCGGUUGGUGUGGCUCACUUCCUGCUGCAGAGGAAGGGACUGAGCAGGCAGAUGAUCGGAGAGUUUCUCGGAAAUCGACAGAAACAGUUCAACAGAGACGUCUUGGACUGCGUGGUUGAUGAAAUGGACUUCCAGAGCAUGGAGCUUGACGAGGCUCUCAGGAAAUUUCAGAACCACAUCCGUGUUCAGGGUGAGGCCCAGAAGGUGGAGCGACUUAUUGAAGCCUUCAGCCAGCGCUACUGCAUCUGUAACCCCACAGUGGUGCGGCAGUUCAGGAACCCUGACACAAUCUUCAUCCUGGCGUUUGCCAUCAUCCUCCUGAACACCGACAUGUACAGCCCCAACGUCAAGCCAGAGAGGAAGAUGAAGCUGGAGGAUUUCAUCAAAAAUUUAAGAGGUGUGGAUGAUGGGGAGGAUAUUCCCAGGGAGACUCUGGUCGGCAUCUAUGAGAGGAUCCGUAAACGCGAGCUUAAGACCAAUGAAGACCAUGUCUCACAGGUGCAGAAGGUUGAGAAGCUCAUCGUGGGGAAGAAGCCGAUUGGAUCCCUCCACCAUGGCCUGGGAUGUGUUCUGUCGCUUCCUCAUCGUCGACUGGUGUGUUACUGCCGUCUGUUUGAAGUUCCCGAUCCCAACAAGCUCCAGAAGCUGGGCCUGCAUCAGCGGGAGAUCUUCCUCUUCAAUGACCUCCUAGUGGUAACCAAGAUUUUCCAGAAAAAGAAGAACUCUGUGACGUACAGUUUCAGACAGUCUUUUUCACUUUACGGGAUGCAAGUCAUGCUGUUUGAAAACCAGUAUUACCCGAAUGGAAUCCGACUAACAUCAGCCAUACCAGGUGCGGACAUCAAAGUCCUCAUCAACUUUAAUGCGCCCAACCCCCAAGACCGCAAGAAGUUCACAGAUGACCUGCGAGAGUCCAUUGCCGAGGUCCAGGAAAUGGAGAAAUACAGAAUAGAGUCUGAGCUGGAGAAGCAGAAGGGUGUGGUGAGGCCCAGCAUGUCGCAGAGCUCCGGCCUGAAGAAGGAGGCUGGCAACGGGAGCAUGAACCGCGCCAGUCUGGACGACACCUACGCCAUGGGAGAGGGCCUGAAGAGGAGCGCGCUCAGUAGCUCCCUGAGAGACCUCUCAGAAGCAGGGGUCCAUCAUUAGCAGCCCACACACACGCCGAAGAGCCACCACGCCACGUGAGGGCGUGCCCCGCGGCCACUCCUCCAUCCCUAACUCGGCUUCUACUUCCAUCCUCGGGUCGCUCUUUGGCAGCAAGCGAGGCAAACCGUCAUCCCAGGGCCAUCCGUCUUUACCUACACCGGGUCACCCCACUCUAAUAUCCCACAAACCCCACCCGACCAACCUGCACCACACAGCACAGGUCGUGCACACAGUACAACAUCAC